AUGACGACGGGCCGAGUGAAGAAAUGGAAUCGUGAGGAAUUGCUGGGAGAUGAGCUGAUGGCUGCCACAGUGGGUGAUGUUCAUUGGCUGCAACUGAGUCUGAACAAGGCGAAAGGCAAGGUCGCAGUGGAUCAGAAUGGUUACAAUGCGGUUCACUUGGCUGCUCUGAACGGGAGGCUGGAGUGUCUGAAGAUGCUGGUGGAGGAUUACCAGAUGGAUGUGAAUCUGGCCAACCCAUUGGGAUGGAGCCCCAUCCACCUGAUCCUUAACAAGGAAUGCCAGUUCCGAGCACUGAAAUGCCUGCAGUAUCUGCUCCAAAUUGGGGCAGAUCCAAACGUUCAAACAAACGAAGGGUUGACCCCACUUCACCAGGCAGCUGAGGUCGGGUUACUUGAUUGUAUCAUGGCUUUGGUCGCAGCUGGAGCUGAUGUGACGGCCAAAGACUCCAGGGGACACAGACCUAUUGACUUGGCCAAGAUCUAUGGGCAUCGUCAAUGUGCAAGGUAUUUGUCCAAUGUCAUGUGGGAGGUCAGCCAGGCUGAGCUGUUCAAACAAAUGGGGAAACUGCAGAAACUGAAGCUUGUCCUAUUGGACAAUGAGAAACAACAGGCUCAAAUCCACCAGGGAGAGAUGGAAUCCAUCGCAGAUGAGUCCUUCAGACUGUGGCUGGACAGGAAACAGCUCGCCAACGUUCUGAGGCUAUCGAGCAGCUUUGUCAAACCGCGACGGUCAGCGGCCGAUCACGUGACCAGUCAGCUGAGGGCGUCGGUGAAGGUCGAGGGGAGGGCCAGCGACUGGGACAGUUACAAACUGGUGCCCUCCGCCAAACCGACAGGGCCUUGCCAUUCCAGGGGGAGGGGAGCGGGAAGCGCCCAGGACCGGGAGAAGGGAAAGGCCCACCCAGUUCCAGACCCGAAGAGCAGGACCUGCCCCACCCUCCGCCAGGGCGUGUGCCUGCCAAAGCCAGUUUGGAACCCCAGCACCAAUCUCUCUUCGCCACCCACGGCUGACACCUCCAGACAGCAAGGGGGCGAUCAGCAGCUCAACGUGAACCUAAUGCUGCAGCAGCAUGACUUUGGGGUCUUGUACAAGUUGGCGCGGAGCCAGUACGGCCAGCACAUGCUGAAAACCAAGGUUGGCCAUAAGACUUGGCCGUUACCCAGCCUGCCCCUGGACACGAUCAAGCAACAACUGUUCCCCCAUUGCGUUUACCAUCGAAUACGGAUUCCUGAGGAAUUCAUGGCGGUCGAUGUCCUCAGACUUCCCAAGAAGGGGCACGUGGUCAAGGACAAGGCUGAGAUACACAUGUGCCUGAGAGAGUGGUUGGAGCCAGACACGUGGCACAUCACGUGUUCACACUACACCCACCCAACGGGGUCACCCAGCCCCUCAGUGAGGAGCAGGAGAGUGCAACUCGCUCACCACCGUGACUUACUCAGAAUGACCACAGAAUGCGACGGCAUCAAGCCCACCACGAGAGACAGCACUCGCUCGGCCCAGUCAGACUCCCAGUCCGAAGACAGGAACUCCACGGUUCAGGGAGGGAGUGCGGCCCAGCCGCAGGAGGAGCAACACCACAUAGAGCCCUGUAAUCUCUGA